AUGAGGUUUGGCCACUACCUCGAGGAGAACCUCACUCCAGAAUGGCGCGAUGCCUAUGUGGACUACAAGGGCUGCAAAAAGCGCAUUAAGACCAUCGGUGCCCGCGUGCAGAACAGGGGCAGUCCGGAGACUUCCGCACGCACAAUCGAGGAAGGCGGGGGAGGUAGCGGGAAUGAUAGCUCCGACAAUGAUGGAGACCAUGGGCCCGCUGCCCCUCCCAAGAAGCAGUCUCAUGGCUCCAAGGUGGGUGCAGCAAGAGCUGUCCCGUCGUCGCCUCGGAAUGAAUCUACAGCCAGGAAGAGUCCUAUACAGCAACUCAGGCAGCCGUCGAACCUCUCACCUCGUUCAUCUCACCUUACCGCCGCCAGUCCACCUCACCUAGAUAUUGGCGAGGCUGGACUUCCAUAUGACAAUGGCGAGAUGAGCGCGUCACGUCCCAAUCACAACACCGGCGCCUCCGCUUCCAACUCGCACAAGCGCGGCCUUAACGGGCGGCUCGGCGGCUCGGACAAAUCCAAAGACUCUGCAGCGACCAGCUCAGAGACGCUUACAGGGGCGGAGGAGGGAGACGCGAGUGAACCAGACGGAUGGAGGCUCUCCGCGGGUUCUUCAACUUCGCCGCUCAACCCCGGGAACGAGGCGGACAAGUCAUCACGGGCGCCGACGAGCCCUCGGAGCGCACUCAAAGCGUAUGGACGCCGUACUUCAGCUGCAGCAAGCCCCGGUGCUGCCAGUCUCAGGGGAGGCGCGAGGAGUAUCAAAUCAAUCACAUCACCUCGUAUCCCCGCCAAAUCGGCACCAUCAUUCGCCGAGCUAUACGCCACUCUCGAGCCUGACGAGAAGGCCUUCUUUGACUUUCUCGAGAGUGAACUGCAAAAGGUCGAAAAGUUCUACCUCGCCCGACAGAAAGACGCGGCCAAGCGGGGAAACGAUAUCCAACAACAGCUGGACGAGCUCGCCAAGCACCGGAAGCUAUACCAUGCGUCCUAUCCCGGUCCCGUGCCAAAGUGGGAAACCAAGGUCGAGCGGUUCUUACCUGCUGCUGGGUCCGCAGCGGCGCACGCGACGGUAGCGGGAAUAGCGAGUGCAGCACAGCGCUUGCACCGCCAUUCCCGCGAUGGAGGCGGCAGGAAUGAAGGGGCAGGGGGAGAGGAGGGGGAGAAGGCGGCUGCUAGGCAGAUCGACUUUACCGAGCGGGACAAGGAGCAGUAUACUGCGGAUCGGUAUACCAAGUCCAAGCAGGGUCUUCGGAAGGCCACGGUGGAGCAUUAUCGGAAUCUGGAGAUCAUCAAGAAUUAUCGCAUUGUCAACCUGACGGCUUUUCGCAAAGCGCUCAAGAAGUUCGAAAAGACCACCAACAUCCACUGUCUCGAGAUGUUCACGCAGGAACGCAUCAGCGGAGAGACGUUCGCCAAGGGCGAGGAUGUCGAGGAGAUGCUCAAGAGCGUGGAGGAGCUCUUUACGAAGCGGUUCGAGCAUGGGAAUAUCAAGAAAGCGAGGAGUCGUCUCCGGGAACGGGAUAUGGGCUACACUCACUAUGCCAGCUUGUUCCGUUCGGGAGUGAUGAUCGGCGUGGGCCUCCCAUUAGCCAUCAUCUGCGUAGUAGAAGCGAUACGGCGCCAAUACGACGAGGUGUCUGACUAUUGGGCGGGCCUGCUGCAGGUAUAUGGCGGUCUCUACCUGCCGGUGAUCUUCGCGCUUCUCUUCCAGAUCAACCUUGACGUCUUUGUUUCGGCUCGCAUAAACUACGAGUUUGUGAUGGAGCUCAGUCGCCCAACCAUCGAUUUCCGAUCGUACCUGGAAAUUCCCGCUUUCCUCUUUUUCACCCUCAGUGUCUGCAUGUACUUCUCCUUUUUCCAGAUAGGCGCCGAGACGGUGGCACCAACAUCAUGGCCGGCGUGUUGGCUUGUCUUCGUCAUUGUAUUUGUCAUCAAUCCGCUCCCGAUCUGCCGGCGCCGUACCAGGUUCUGGGUGCUCAGCAUACUCUGGAAGGUGUUCACGCCUGGCUUCAGACGGGUGGACUUCAUCAUCUUCUUCAUCGCCGAUGAGCUGAACAGCUUGGCGCAGUCCUUCAGCAGUAUCCUCUUUAUGUCUUGCGCAUACGCCAAUCGCUGGCCUACCAACGUGUACACCGUCUGCCCAUCCGGCCGGCAGUGGCCGUACAUCCUGAUGCUAUCCAUUCCAGCUACUAUCCGAGCGAUCCAGUGUUGCAGGCGAUACUACGACUCCAGGAUCAAGAUCCACCUUGUCAACGCUGUAAAGUACCUGCUUGCCGUGGCCCAGUACGCUAUGUUUGUGUGGUGGCGCAGCCGUGGAAGUACGAUCCCAGACAACGUCUUUGUCGGCUGGAUCACAAUCGCGAUGGUGACAGCUAUCUGUCAGACGUCUUGGGACAUCAUCGUCGACUGGUCGCUCUUCCGACCUGGAACGUACGGCCUUCGUAAGGAUCUCGGAUAUGAGAACCGCUCUGUUUAUUAUCUCGCCAUGAUGACCAAUACCCUCAUUCGGUUCAUUACCGUAUGGUACAUCCCUGACCGUGCCUCCCAUACUCGUCUCCGAUCGUGGAUCUUUGCAUUCUUCGAGAUGCUUCGGAGAUUCCAGUGGAACUUCUUCCGCGUGGAGACGGAGCACCUCGGCAAUGCUGACGCCUACCGCGUCACCCGCGACAUUCCCCUGCCUUACAGCCGAGGCCGACAAAACCACGACUCCGAUCACGACGAUCACGAUUCAGACGGAGCAGGAGAGGGAGAUGGCGACCAGAACCAGCCUACUAAGCCAAACCUUGUCGCCAAAGAAUGGGAGAAGGUCAAGCGGCGGUUCUUGUUCCCGCGGAUGGAGGAUCUCUUGGGCACGGGACGUGGGCCUGACGAGCUGAAUGUGGGACCGAGAGGGAUGAGGGCGACGCGAGAGUACGAGGCGAGGCGUCCGGGGGAUUACGAACUUGACGAUAACGAAAUGAGGGAGCAAGGGGGCUGGGGUGUGCUGAGGAGGCGGAUCUUGCAGAACAAGGACCUGCAGCGAGAGGGGGCAGCGGAGGGGUUUCAGAUCUAG